AGGCUGGACAAGCUCUCGGAGGUUGCCAAGGUGAACACUGACGCCAUCCGCUUGGCCCAGGAGGAGAUCGGUGAGUACCGCCGCCAGCUCCAGUCCAAGACCACUGAGCUCGAAGCCCUCAAAGGGACCCAGGAGUCACUGGAGAGGCAGAGGCAGGACUCAGAGGAGCGCCACCAUGCCGAUGUCUUGUCCUACCAGGAAACCAUCCAGCAGCUUGACAGCGAGCUGAGGAACACCAAGUGGGAGAUGGCAGCUCAGCUCCGGGAGUACCAGGAUCUGCUCAACGUCAAAAUGGCCCUAGACAUCGAAAUCGCUGCCUACAGAAAGCUCUUGGAGGGGGAGGAAUAUCGGAUUGAGUCUGGUUUUGGGAUGGUCUCCUUCCCUGAGCUGGUCCCCAAGGGUCCCAGCAUCACCGCCAACAUCAAGGUGAAGAAUGAGGAGAAGAUCAAGGUGGUGGAAAAAUCUGAGAAGGAGACAGUGAUUGUAGAGGAGCAGACAGAGGAAAUCCAGGUGACUGAGGAGGUCACAGAGGAGGAAGAGGCUGAGAAAGAGGCUGAAGAGAAGAAAGCUGAAGAGGAGGAGGAGGAGGAGGAAGAAGAGAAAGCUGAAGUAGAGGGUGAUGAGGAGGCCAAGUCUCCUGCAAAAGAGGAGGCCAAGUCCCCAGAGAAACCCGAGUCCCCCUCAAAGGAGGGGGCCAAAACCCCAGCUGUCAAGUCCCCAGAAAAGCCACCAACCCCCCCAAAGGAGGAGGCCAAGAGCCCGGCUGUGAAGUCUCCAGAGAAACCCCAAAGCCCCUCAAAAGAGGAGGCCAAGUCUCCAGCUGUCAAAUCCCCAGAAAAGGCCCCGACACCCUCAAAGGAGGAGGCCAAGAGCCCAGCAGUGAAGUCACCAGAGAAACCUGCAACCCCCUCGAAAGAGGAGGCCAAGAGCCCAGCUGUGAAGUCUCCAGAGAAACCUGCAGCCCCCUCAAUGGAGGGGGUCAAAACUCCAUCUGCCAAAUCCCCAGAGAAACCCCCAAGCCCCUCAAAGGAGGAGGCCAAGGCCCCGACUGUGAAGUCCCCUGAGAAAGUCAAAUCUCCUGCGAAGGAGGAGGCCAAGUCUCCACAGAAGGAAGCGGUGGGGGCCAAGGAGCCCACCCCCACCCCCUCCCCUCCAAAGGAGCCAAAAGCCCCUGCGAAAGAAGAGCAACCCAAGGAGACAAAGGCUCCCUCCAAACCUGGAGCUGAGGAGGCCAGGAAAGAGGAAGCUCCCAAGAAGGAUGUCCCAGCCAAGGUGGAGGAGAAGCCCAAAGAGAAGGCAGCUGCUGUGCCAGAGCCUCCAGCUCCUCAGGUGAAGGAGACCCCUAAGCCAGGCCCCAAAUCCAUUGAAGAAGGAAAGGCUGAGAAGGAAGCUCCACAAAAACCUAAGGAGGAGGUCAGCAAAGUGGCUGCAAAGGAGGCUAAGAAGCCAAAGGCGGAGGAGAAGGUGGAGGAGCCAAAGAAGAAGGUAGAGGAGCCCAAGAAGGUUGAGGAACCCAAGAAGAAGGUAGAGGAACCCAAGAAGGAGAAGGUUGAGGAGGCCAAGAAGGUAGAGGAACCCAAGAAGGUUGAGGAGCCCAAGAAGGAGAAGGUGCAGGAGCCCAAAGCUAAAGCAAAACCCAAAGAUGAGCCCAAAGCCAGUAAAGAUGCCACCGAGGCCAAGGCACCCUCCAGCAAGGAGGGCAAAGCCCCAGAGCCAACACCCACCCCAGGGAAGAAAUGA